AAUUCGUUCUUGCUCGCCGGAGCGCCCGGCCUAGAGCUUCGUUUUAAAUGCCCGCGGCCGCGACGUGGGAAAUGGAAGCUCUAGAGCUGCUAGGGGGAUGGCGUUGGAGGUGAGCUCCAAGGGUGGCGCUGGCGGGGGAGUGGCGCUCGGGCGGAUCUCGCCGAUCUUGAGGCCAGCGCUGGUGGAUCGCGAGCUGAGGGUUUUGGGGCAAAGAGGGGUUCUUUCUUUCCCUUCGGCUAUGGCUGAAUUUUCCCGCGAAGAGGAUGAGGGGGAGGAGGGAAAGAUGGGCGAUGCGAGCUUGGAAGAAGAUGGCGGUGGCGAGGAGGAGGAGGACGAUGCAAUCGCCCAGUUUCUAGAGGCGGAGGUGAUGGAGGAGGAGGACGAGGAUCUCGCAGUGGAGCAAGAAGAGGAAGAAGAAUCCAUCCAGCCUCUCGCCAAGAAGCGCCGAAUCGAGGAUCUCGAUUGCAUCGAGAGUGGCGAGUUUCGGAAGAUCCCACCCGAUUUGUUUCGCAACAUUCUCAAGUUCCUCUCGCCAGAGGAUUUGUCGAGCUGCGCUAAAGUUUGCCAUUAUCUUCGACGUGUGGCCUCGGACGAAACACUUUGGAAAAAACUCUAUUUUCUUCGAUGGGGUCCUCCGCCUUUUUGCAAGCUUUCGAGCAUCGAGUGGAAGCAGCUUUACUUUGAGAAAGACAAGGCCGACGUGAUCGCGUCGCUGAGGAACACCGAGUUUCGAGAGUACUACUUGCAAAUGGAGAUCGCAAAGCGUAGCCAAGCACCGGUUCCUUCACAGAUCAAGGACGAACUUGGAGUGUUUGACCCAUCCAUUGCCGACCAGGUGACCCAGUGGAGGCGCAGUCACAAACUCUCGGAAGUUUACAGUGGCUCUCACACUUGUUCAGGGAGAACUUGCUCGUAUCACCAGAUUGGCGAUGUCUAUAUCUGUGAGAAGACCGGAUGCGCUCACUUUUGUGGCGAUGCCUGUCGCGAGAUCGUCAUGAGUCCCAACUAUAACGUCUGUAAGAUUUCUGGUCGCUGUUUUGAUCCUUGUGUGUUUCCAGUUGAAGAAGAGGAUGGAGAGGAGGACGAGGCGAACGAAGGGCCUCAGCUGGUAGCAGCAGAAGAACCGGAACCGUUUCUAGGAACUGGCAGACUUGCUCGAGCUUACAGCCUCGGUUACAAUUGUAGGGAUGAUCGGGAGUUUGAGAGAGCCCUUCGGUGCUGCUAACUGGAACAAAAAAAAAGAAAGGAGACCCAAAGUGUACAGAGCACUUGUCUUGUAACGAUUGUACCUUAGUAAUAGUUGUACUGAUUAUGUGAUUG